AUGGCUCCCCUCGUGCUCACCGCGCGCACGCGCACGCUCAUGGUCGUGCCCAUCCUCCUCGCCGUCCUCACCGGCAUCGCGCUCUUCGUGCACUCCGACGUCAACACGCCGCUGCUGUGGUCGCAGUGCCACGCGCGCGCGCGCCUGCCCGGCCUCAGCCGCCUGCCGCUCCUCGGCACGCCGCUCUGCUACCUCGUCAGCUUCUUCCAGGCCGCGCUCGACUCGUCGCGCACGCGCGCCGUCAUGGGCGUCAUCCUUGCCUUCGUCGGCGCCCUGCUGACCGUCUGCACCGCCGAGUCGGCGCGCGGCUGCAACCGCCCCGCGCGCCUCGUCGCCAACCCGACCCCCGCCUGGCUGCUCUUCAACUUCCUCGGGGGCGCGCUCGUCUGGCAGCUGCUCAUCGUGCCCGCGCAGGUGCAGCGCCUGCGCAACAUCUUCCUGGCCCAGAAGCUCGGCGCCACCGGUGACGACGACGAAGAGGAGGAAGUCGGCGGCGGUGAUCGGCUAGAGGCACUUGGUGUCGACCUGGACCGCAACAUUGCCGGCGCCGAGGUCGUGGCCAUCCCCGUCGCCGUUCUGAUCGGCUUCUACCUGCCCUCGGCGCUCAUGCUCUCCUACAACAGCCCCGCCGCCAUCGGCGCCUGGCUGCCCUUCCCGCUGUACGUCUCGCUCGUCCGGCAGGCCGUCCGCUGGGCGCUUCAGCGCGUCUGGGACAACACGGCCGAGCGCGACGUCCACCUCGAGACACACCGCCGCAGCCUCAUCGCCGUGUACGGGGCGCCGGCACUAUCGUCGGUGCUUGCCCAUGCCGCCGUGCUUUGGAGCCUGACUCGCCCGGACGACCGCCGCGAGCUGACGCGCUCGUGCGUCAAGUUUGUCGAGAUUGACUUUGCCUUUAUCGCCGCCACCGUGCUCUACUGGGUCCUCGUCGAGACCAACUGGAAGGUCCCCGCGUACAUGAUCGGCGUCUCGGCGCUGCUCGGCCCGGGUACCGGCACGCUCGUCGGUUGGCUGCUCCGCGAGAACGUCAUUGAGAAAGAGUUGGGCGCCGUGAUUGACCUCGCCACCGCUGAGGACACGACCGACGAGCCGUCUGAGCAGACCCCGCUUAUUUAA